UUUUUUUUUUUAGCUCCGUUAGCUUUAUUAGCUGUCGUUGUUGUGAAACAUGGCGUCUUAGCUGGCCGCUCCUCUGCUGUUUAGGCCGGCCUCUUCCUCUCCUCUCUUGCCGCCGCCGCUUGGAAGCAUCUUUGGGGGGAACUUAGCCGCGUUAGCUUGCUAAGCUAACAAGAAGGGGGGGGCUAGUGUUAGCGGGCUAGCUUACGUUAUCCACUUGUUCUUCAACAUUAGCUGCCUCUCAUAUCGCCCAAAAACACCACAGUCGCUGUGGGUCUGUUGGACGGAGCCAGGGAGUACCGGAACUGACACCGUCCCGGUGCUGUCUCGGUGGCUUCAUCGGGGUGAGCUGGAACAAUCCAGCGGGCGGCCAUGAAAUAAGACGCUUAUCAAACAUUUAUUGGAGCACUUGACUCGAGUGUUGGAGCACACAAAGUGAAACCUCCAUUUUAGUGUCGUCGGAUGCCGGCGGCCCGCAACGGCUUCUUAAACACUUCAUGUCCCAGAACUUGACGUUCCAGCCCGGCUACAAUUACUUCCAAUUAGCCGGGAGGGCAGGGCAGCACAGAGGGGUGGAGUCCAGUCCCACAGCCUGGUGCGGCACGUUCAUGCUUCAGUUGGAUGGUUUUCCCACUGGACACGGCGUUCAGGCUGAUCAAUCAGCUGAAAGACUGACUGCAUCCAUGAUGGAAUUACAGACAUUACAGGAGGCUCUGAAGGUGGAGAUCCAGGUCCAUCAGAAACUGGUGGCCCAGAUGAAGCAGGACCCUCAGAAUGCAGAUCUGAAGAAACAACUUCAUGAGCUUCAAGCAAAGAUCACUGCACUGAGUGAGAAGCAGAAAAAGGUGGUGGAGCAGUUGAGGAAGGAGCUGCUGGUCAAGCAGGAGCCAGAAGCCAAAGUGCAGCUGCAGGUCCACACACCUCCUGUUGGGGUUGAUUUAAAGCCCACCAACCUGCUGCAGACUCAACAGAUUCCUGGAGGACUACAGCAGACGCUGACAGUCACGCCAGUCCUCACCGCCAAGACUCUACCUCUCGUGCUGAAAGCGGCGGCCACGCCCACCCUGCCUGGCUCUGUCUUGCCGCAGCGCCCGGCCACCGUCAUGGUAACCACCGCCAUCUCCAAACCGGACUUACACAACGCCCCCAUCAACCUGCAGGUGAUGGGCAAGCUGAGCGCUCACAGCUCGGAACCUGUGAGGCUUGUGUCCAAGAACGCCAUGCUGCUGCAGGCCGUCCAGCCAAUCAAAGUCCCCCAGUUUGUCCCUCCUCCUAGACUGAUGACACCACCCACCUUUCAGCCGCAGCAGGUCAGGCCAAAGCCCGCCUUUCCUGCCAAUGUCCCCAUCGCCCCUGCUCCGCCGCCGCCCAUGAUGGCGGCCCCUCAGCUGCUCCAAAGGCCUGUCAUGUUGGCCACCAAGUUGUCGCCUUCCAUGUCGUCUGUGGCGCCCAUUCACCAGGUCCGCAUUGUUAACGGGCAGCCGUGCGUCAAAACCGGCACCACCCCUCUGACGGGCAUCGUCAUCACCACGCCGGUCACUACGACCGCCGCCUGCAUCGCCAGCCCGGCCCAGGCACUAGACCCUGCCUCGGUCCCCACCCUGACCCCAAGCCAGCCGAGCCAGAUCAGCAGCCUGGCCUCUGAUUCCAAGACUGUUAAAUCAGGGGGCGGUGCCGAGCACAAGAUGGCAGUCCCCCUCCCCUCGUCUUCUACUCCUCCCUUGUCUCCGCCUACAAGACCCAGGAAGGAGGAGAGUCCAGAGAAACUGGCCUUCAUGGUGUCCUUGGGCCUUGUAACGUACGACCACUUGGAAGAGAUUCAAAGCAAAAGGCAAGAGAGGAAAAGGAGAACGACGGCUAACCCGGUCUACAGCGGCGCCGUGUUUGAGCCUGAGAGGAAAAAGAGUGCUGUGAGUUACCUGAACAGCCCUCUGCACCAAGGGACCCGAAAGAGAGGUCGCCCACCCAAAUACGGCGGCGUCCCGGAGCUGGGCUGCCUCACCCCGACCUCCCCCUCCAGCCCCGUACACCCCCUCCCUCUGCCCAGCCCCAGCUCUGGGGAUGGAGACAUCCAUGAGGACUUCUGCACUGUGUGCAGACGCAGUGGCCAGUUGCUCAUGUGCGACACGUGUUCUCGUGUCUUUCACCUGGACUGCCUGGACCCGCCCCUGAAAAGCAUUCCUAAAGGCAUGUGGAUCUGUCCAAAAUGCCAAGACCAGAUUCUCAAGAAAGAAGAAGCCAUUCCCUGGCCCGGAACGCUGGCCAUCGUUCACUCCUACAUCGCCUACAAAGAAGCAAAAGAAGAAGAAAAGCAGAAGCUCAUCAAGUGGAGCGCAGAGCUGCGACUGGAGCGCGAGCAAUUGGAGCAGCGAGUCAAGCAGCUCAGCAACUCCAUCACGAAAUGCAUGGAGACGAAGAACAGCAUCCUGGCUCGCCAGAAGGACAUGCAGCUGUCUCUGGACAAAGUCAAACAUCUGGUCCGCCUCAUCCAGGCCUUCAACUUCAAACAGACUGUGCCCGACGGCAGCGACGUCAGAGUCCAGGAUGCUGCGGCGCCGCCGCCCGAAGCCAAGGUUGAGGGCGGCGGCAAGAGUGAAAGCAGCGCGGCCGAAGAGCAGAAGACGAUGGCGGGGAGCGUGACGACCGCAGGAGAUGCAGACCGUCAGGGCGCUGUUGCGCACGCCACAGAGGACAUAUCCGCUGGAGGUGCGGGGGGAGGAGCUAAGACAGAGACAGGCUUACAGGCUGAAAGUGGGGCCAAGGUGGGGACCGAAACGUCUCCACAAGCUGACGUCGUCCCUCGUUCUGAGGCGCCGACGCCCGCAGACGCUGUCACCACCAACGGUACGGCCGCGCUGCCGUGCCCCGCUGCCGACGCCACUGCCAACUCUGAAAACAAGACGGCUGCCGUCAGCCCUCCGGAGGCGGCAGCGCAGGACAAACAGGACAUUAGCGACAGCAACAACAGCAAAACCUCAGAACCCUCCCUGCAUUCUGUGCCAGCGCUCGGCGGCGAGUAACGUUACUCGCCGCCAUUUUCCAACUCGGAGUUCGAUUUAAGAAGAAAAAAAAAAAGAGUUGCCAAUCCGUGUAAAUGUCGUUUGUUUGCGUCGUAUUGUCGGACUGUGUCGAUGGUAGAUAGCGGCCUUGUCACAUGACGACCGCCGUGGUGGCCAGUUAGCGAUAGACAUCGUCAUAGGAACGCUCAAAGGGAGACCGAAUCCAUCACACCAGUGUGUGCCUGUCCCAGUGGUCCGGGGGGGUAGGAUGGGGUCACACUUUGCUCGUCCCAAACCACCAAAUUUUUUGGCGAGCUCCUACACUGAAGACUGUUGCCUAGCAACUAAAAGCAGUAGGCAACCCCCAACCCUGUCCUCUUUAACUCCAAGGUUUAAGUUCUUCAAACAAAGAAGUCACAGUCGUAGGACAAAUUCAUGUCACAGCAGGGGGCGUGUCACCAGUGCCAUCAUCAGAAUAUUAAUAUAAAUCAAACAUGGUGGAACUUCCCUACUAACCACGGUCAUAGCUCCGCCUCCAGCAACGCCCCCUUCACCCACAGUGGACGGUAGACGCCACCAAGUGUCCUGCUGUCGAUUGACUUCUUUGUUUGAAGCAUCUUAACCACGAGGGAGGGGUAAUGCCCUUGCCCCACCGGGUCCAGACUGUAGCCCCGCCCACUAAGGCAGGCGUGGAGGAGACGGCGGAGCCAGAGCGGCGUUGUGUUGUUGUGAGUCUUCAUUUUGUGUGUCUGUGUGAGCACUAAAUGUGACGUGCUUUGUUUUUUCUAGGACAACAUAUUCAGGUCUUCCUGGUGUUGGGAAUAAGUGCUUUGUGUUCCUGUCCACCGCCGUUGUCAACUGCCAAAAGCGUCCAAACACGCCAGGGGGCGGAGCCAAGCUUCCAUGAGUGGUAACAAAACAAAACAAAAAAAAAGCACAAGUUAGCGGAGGAUUUUCUUUUGUAUGUAUGUUCUUUGAUGUGACAUGACUCCUCCCACUUUUGGGGGCAGCACAAGCCUCCAGCCCAGUAGGUGGCGCCGCUCACUUCCUGCUCCUUCAUCCAUGGUGCCUCUUUUUUUUCCCCAUUUUAUAUUAUUUUGUUUUUAUGUCUUGCGGGUCCAAAACAAAGCCGCCAGCAGCUGGAGGCGGAGCAUUUGUACCCGUUAAUGAGGACUGGGUGGCGUUCCGAGUUCAUUCAUAUCACAUGACUCCUGUCAGCCAAUUAGCAUAUCCAGCCUUUUGCUUGCCAUGUGGUCACCCUCCCUCGCCCUUGUAGGUACCUUGAGUGCCUUCUACCUGUCUUGUUGACUUGCACUGUGACUUGUAGGCCCUGUCCCCUCCACAUUAACCCCGCCCAUCUUCCACGUCAUUGGCCAGUCAGUGUUUAGCAGCUGCCUUAAAUGUAUUUUUAUUUGACCUGAACAUCUUGUACGCGGUCGUCAUGACAAUGACGAGGCGGCCUCUGGUUUUGCGAUGCACUUUUUCAUUUAAGCAGUAUUAAAAACAACAACCCCCCCACCCCCCGGGGGAAUCCACUCCAGUCACCAAGUCACCUAGCAACGAGUCAUGGCAUGCCUUCUUAUGCAAAUUUUAUACACAAGUUCGUUAUGCAUUCUUUUUAUUUUUUUUACUUUUAAACAUCACUUUUGGUUUUAAGUGGGCGGAGCCAGCGUGUUUGAAUGCGGAUGAGCUGACAUCUUAGUGGGCGGAGUUUUAAAAAAGGGUACAUUUUAUCCAAAGAACAUGUGGGAGGAUCAUUGGAGGGAAUUCCUGUGAAUCCGUUCGGAAGCAUCCAGUCAUGAUCGUGGCCUUCUAGUGUUGUCCUUACUUACAUCAAGUUGUGCCCCCCCCCCAUUCCCAUCCCCAUCCCCAUUUUAUAUCUUCCAUGUGCUCAGACGCAUUGUAGCGCUCCGGAUAAAGAACAACGUGUACAUUGGGGAAUCUUUGUAUAAUUGUUUGUAUUUUUUCAUAAUGAUUUUUGGAAAGGAAUGUGUUUAUUUUUUGGACUUGUGUUCCACGCGUGUCUUCUGUUUCGGCCAUGUCGGUGGGAUUCCUAUACCUCUGUAUUGAGCCUCCCCUUCCUCUUAUUCUUCUUCUCGUGAUGAUGACGAUGAUGCAGUGUUUCACUAAAUACUGUUGCUAGGUAAUGGAUGGCACCAGCCGCCACUAGGAGCAUUUGAUCAAUUUCUAUUUAUUUAUUUUAUCAGUUUGCUAAUAAAUCCUCAAAAGCAUCA